CGGAAAGAAUCUCUCACACGCUAAAGGACAAACCGACGACGGCGACUUUCCCUAUGAUCUGAGUUUCUGAACCAAUGGUCUUCCCUGAAUUUCACGGGAAUCUCUGAUCGUUUUCCGGGAAAAUUAAUUAUAUCUUCUCUCUCCCCUACAUUGUUUACCAGAGCUAGAGCUGCUACGUGGCAGCUCGCCGGAAUCUCAAACUUCCAUUGUCGGAGAAGAAGCAAGUUUGGAGAUUGAUCCUUCGUUUUACAAAACAGAUCGAAACUCUUUUAACGUUUCUACUGCUACUCGUUCUUCAGCUAGACUCUGUUUCGGAUCUCUGUUUCGGGCGUAAUGGAUCCGACUUCUCGACCCGCUGUUGUCAUCGACAAUGGAACCGGGUAUACAAAGAUGGGCUUUACGGGUAAUGUAGAACCAUGUUUCAUUCUCCCAACGGUAGUUGCAUCGAACGAGUCUUUCUUGAGCCAGCCCAAGAGUUCUUUAAAGGGCUCUUGGGCAGCUCAGCACAACGCUGGAGUUGCUGCUGAUAUGGACUUCUUUAUCGGAGACGAAGCUCUCACGAAGUCACGGUCCAGUAGUACUUACAAUCUUCGUUAUCCGAUCGAGCAUGGUCAAGUUGAGGAUUGGGAUGCUAUGGAAAGGUAUUGGCAGCAGUGUGUGUUCAACUAUCUGAGGUGUGAUCCAGAGGAUCACUACUUUCUUCUCACCGAAAGCCCUCUCACUCCUCCUGAGAGCCGAGAGUACACUGGGGAGAUUCUGUUCGAGACUUUUAAUGUUCCUGGGCUUUACAUUGCUGUUAACUCGGUGCUGGCACUUGCAGCUGGGUACACAACAUCAAAGUGUGAGAUGACAGGGGUUGUAGUUGAUGUUGGAGAUGGGGCGACUCGUGUUGUGCCUGUUGCGGAAGGUUAUGUUAUUGGGAGCUGUAUUAGAACAAUUCCAAUUGCGGGCAAAGAUGUCUCCCUCUUUAUCCAGCAACUCAUGCGUGAAAGAGGUGAGAAUAUACCACCAGAAGAUUCAUUCGAUGUUGCCCGUAAAGUGAAGGAAAUGUACUGCUACACUUGCUCAGACAUUGUUAAGGAGUUUAACAAACACGACAAAGAACCAGGAAAGUAUAUUAAACAAUGGAAAGGUGUUAAGCCAAAGACUGGUGCACCAUACACUUGUGACGUUGGAUACGAACGAUUCCUUGGACCUGAGGUCUUCUUUAAUCCAGAGAUAUACAGCAAUGAUUUUACAACUUCUUUACCGGCUGUAAUAGACAAAUGUAUCCAGUCUGCACCAAUUGACACACGACGAGCUUUAUAUAAGAACAUAGUAUUGUCCGGAGGCUCAACUAUGUUCAAAGAUUUCGGAAGAAGGUUACAAAGGGAUCUCAAAAAGAUUGUUGAUGCCCGUGUUCUUGCUAAUAACGCACGUACCGGUGGUGAAAUCACGUCUCAACCAGUGGAGGUUAAUGUGGUGAGCCACCCUGUCCAAAAGUUUGCUGUUUGGUUUGGAGGCUCUGUGCUUUCAUCAACUCCUGAGUUUUUCGCGAGCUGCAGAACGAAAGAGGAGUAUGAGGAAUGUGGAGCAAGCAUAUGCCGUACUAAUCCGGUGUUCAAAGGGAUGUAUUAAAGACAAAUAGAAGCUGGUUCGUUAAAUAAUUCACCAGCAUAUGUGAAUGUUUGUCUGAAUGAAACACUCCAUUUUAGAUACUUGUAACUCAAGCUAUUUGGCUCUUUAGGUUUCAUUGAGUUUCUCAAUCAAUGCAAGCUAGGCUUUAUGUAGUAGAAGAAAUCAUAUUAUUUUCAGACAAAGCAAAAAAACAAAACAAAAAAAAGGCAACAACUUGAUAAGGCUGCUCAUGGGACUUGGUGACAGAAAGGGGAUAAGAUCAGAGGUAGAAGGAUUAGACCUUGUUUGAAUUACAGACCAGACUUGGCUAAAUAAGAGUACUAAAUGGAGUUAAAACACAACGCAAUAAAGCCCAUUAAUUAAUUAUUCGAAGCCCGGGCCCAAUAAGCUUAUCACUAACACGGAGGAGAAAUCUAUUAUCGCAUCGGAUAAGAAAGAAGCACGUCACGUGUUCUCUCUCUCAACGAAGACGACUCUAUCUCCGAUCUCAAAACCAAUACUUUCAUUGAAUUUCCCCGGAGAAGCUCAGAUCCUCGCCGGCAAACAAUUCUCGGAUCCUUAUCGGAAUCUCAGCCUCCGUAGACGGAAGAGACCCAGCUGCAAAGAGUCAAAGUAAGCAAGCUUAGGUUUGUUUUUUUUUUUUUCGAUUCUCGAAUCUCGAGGCUUUCUAGGGUUUUCAUCAAUGUUAUCUCGUUGAAAAAAAAAUUGUAACUUUCAUCCCAGAUCUGUUGAUUUCUUCUUCGAUUUUGUAAGAACCGUAUGUGUAGUAGGCUCUCCUUUUCCUUGUAAAUCAAACCAUGUAUGUAAUUUGAUCUAUAAUUGUAUAUACUAAUCUUGUAAGAUCUAAUCUUUUAAUGAAGAGAAGAUAUGUUGAUGAGCUUA